AUGAUAAAAACUAUUUUAAAAAACUCUUACAUCCAAAAAGAAAUUACUACACACUCAGCAACAGUUAUUUUCAGUCAUGGCUUAGGUGAUAGUGGUGCUGGUUGGAUUGAAGUAAUGGAAGAGAUUCAAAGUAGAAACAAUGGUCACAUUAGAUUCAUUUGUCCAAAUGCACCAAUUCAAGCAGUUACACUUAAUGGUGGAUUUAAAAUGCCAUCAUGGUAUGAUAUUAAAUCAUUAUCAUCAAGAGGUGAUGAAGAUCCAGCUCAAGUUGAUGAAUCAAAGAAUAUAAUUGAAACUAUUAUCAAACAUGAAAUGGAAGAAGAGAAAAUUCCAGCUGAAAGAAUUAUAAUUGGUGGUUUUUCACAAGGUGCAGCAUUAUCAUUAUAUACAUUUUAUUCACAAACUGAAACCAAAUUAGGUGGUUGUAUUGCAUUAUCAGGUUAUUUACCAUUGGCAACUAAAUUUGUAGCAAAUUCAUUAAAUAAAGAACAACCAUUACUCAUGAUCCACGGUGAUUGUGAUCAAGUAGUUCGUCAUCAAUGGGGUAAAUUAUCAUUCGACCAUUUAAAAAGUCAAGGUAUUAAUGGUGAAUUUAUAACAUUAAAAGGUUUAGGUCAUCAUUCAAGUCCAGAGGAAAUUGAUUUAAUGACAAAGUUUAUUUCUAAAACAUUACCAAAAUAA